UUUAUUGUAAUAUUGUAGGUUUUUCCUAUAAUUUCUAUGGUGUUGACCAGUGUGGUGAGCAGAAUUUGAUAUAUAAAGAGGGUAGGGCAAGGCAGGCAUUAUCUCCAACUAAUUCUAAAAUGUUGUUGCUUAUUUUUAGCCUCUCCUUCUUUGGGUUAGUCCUGAGGGCAAUUUUAAAGAAAUUUAAAGGUACCAAACCUCUAAACUUGCCCCCCGGACCAUGGAAGCUCCCUAUCAUAGGAAAUAUGCACAAUAUAAUGGGCGACCUACCCCAUCAUAAACUUCGCGACUUGGCGAAGAAAUACGGCCCCAUUAUGCAGCUUCGAAUUGGGCAAGUUCCGACAGUUGUGAUCUCCUCAGCGGAGACCGCAACACAAGCCAUGAAGACGCACGACAUCAUAUUUGCGCAAAGGCCGUCUCUGAUAGUCUCUGAUAUCAUAUUCUAUAAGGCUGCUGACAUUGCUUUUGCGCGCUACGGUGAUCACUGGAGGCAGAUGCGGAAACUCUGUGUAUUAGAGCUGCUUAGUAUGAAACGUGUGCAAUUAUUCCGACCUGUCAGGGAAGAAGAAGUAUCCAAUCUCAUCGCUCGCAUUUCAUCCAGCGCAGGAUCUGCUGUCAAUCUUACCAAAAUGUUAACUAUACUAUCAUGCACUCUCAUUUCGAGAGCAGCCUUUGGCAAAAAAUGCACUGUCCAAGAACAAUUCAUUCCACUCUCUACCAAAGUUAUAGAUCAAAUUGCAGGCUUUAAUAUUGCUGACUUGUUCCCCUCUGUCAAAUUCCUCGAUUUCAUUACAGGAAAUCGGUAUAGACUCAACAAACUGCACAAACAAAUUGAUGCCGUGCUUAACACCAUAAUCGACCAGCAUAAGAAUUUCAGGGCCUCGUCUACAGUUGAACCCGAGGAUGAAGAUCUCGUCCAUGUUUUGUUAAAUUUACAAGAGCACGGAAAGCUUGAAAUGCCAAUAACAACGGACAUUAUCAAAGCUGUUAUACUGGAUAUGUUCCUUGCAGCGGUUGAUUCAUCGGCUGUAACUGUCGAAUGGGCGAUGUCAGAAUUGAUUAAGAAUCCUAAACUAAUGCAAAAAGCGCAAGCAGAGGUACGACAAGUUUUCGGAGAAAAGGGAAUAGUUGAAGAAACAGAUUUCGAUAAUUUAAAGUAUUUAAAGCUUGUUAUCAAAGAAACAUUAAGAUUACAUCCCCCGGGUCCAUUACUGCCUCCCAGAGAAACAAACGACGAUGUCCAAAUCAAUGGAUAUGACAUACCAGCCAAGAGUAGAGUGUUAGUAAACAUAUGGGCUAUUGCAACGGAUCCUAAAUAUUGGAUUGAACCUGAAAAGUUUCUACCCGAGAGAUUUAGCGACGGUCGAGUGGACUUUAGGGGAAAUAGCUUUGAAUAUCUACCCUUUGGUGGUGGAAGAAGGAUAUGUCCAGGUAUGAACUUUGCCUUGGCUAAUGUGGAGCUUGUACUUGCACAAUUACUCUUCAACUUUGAUUGGGACCUCCCCAAUGGUUUCGACAAACAACAACUCGACAUGACAGAGAAGUUCCGCACUUCAACUGUCAGGAAAUAUGAUCUAUGCGUGAUUCCCAUUCCGCGCGCACCAUAUAUGACCUAAACUAUCUUCUACUUUCAAAUAAUGUGCAUUCCUGCAUUUCAUCUAUUGAUUGGAGAUCAUAAGCUUUAUGUUUAUUAGACGUUUUAGAGAAAAAAUUAUGCGUAUUCAAUGAUUAGUCAAUGUAGAAACUAAUUCAGACCUAAAAUAAAUAAAUAAUACUUAGUUUGUUUUA